UGCUUAUGAGGAUCGAUUUGCUCUGAGGGUGUGUGACAGGCUGCGUUAUGUGUUUUAGGAUAAACGAUAAUGAGGGAGUGGCAGAGAUGUUAAUUGACUCCCUGGGUGCAAAUAUUGUGAAUGCAACGGACUCCAAGGGCAGGACUCCUCUUCAUGCUGCAGCUUUUUCUGACCAUGUGGAGUGCGUUUCCCUUCUUCUGAGCCAUGGAGCUCAGGCAAAUGUUGUUGACACCCACAUGCACAGAACACCACUGAUGAUGGUAGCUCUAAAUGGACAGACCAAUGCUGUGGAGGUGAUGGUGAGCGGUGCUAAGGCAGACUUGGCACUGCAAGAUGCAGACAGGAACACAGCAUUGCAUUUGGCUUGCAGCAAGGGUCACGAGACAAGUGCCUUGUUGAUUCUGGAGAAAAUCAGCGACAGGAAUCUCAUUAACUGCACCAACGCUGCUCUGCAGACGCCCUUGCAUGUAGCAGCCAGGAAGGGAUUGACAGUGGUGGUCCAGGAGCUGCUGGUGAAAGGAGCCAGUGUGUUAGCUGUGGAUGAGAAUGGUUACACUCCAGCUUUGGCUUGUGCUCCCAAUCGGGAUGUAGCUGACUGCUUGGCCCUCAUCCUCAACUCAAUGAUGCCCACCUCACCCAUGGUCACCAUAGCAGCUUUGCCCACUCUCUCGCUUACUCAAACAGUCAUCAACCACCACCCUAUCUCAAACCACAUUUCCAAAGGUGUGGCCUUUGAUACUCCAGCCCCACUGAGACCUGACCACGCCUCCUACUGCAGGCCAGAACGCCUGCUGUCCUCUGUCUCCGGAGAUGAUGAAAUGAAUGACUCAGAUUCAGAAACGUACUGAGGACUAGUGGAACCUCAAUACUGGCAGGUUAGCCAGCCACUCAGGAGCCUUAAUAGAUCACUGACAAAAGCUUGACAGGGCAGUAAAUACAAGCAGAGUAUUCUUAGGUAAGUCUCUUCAAAUCUAAAAAUAAUCCUCGUCUGAACCA